CCGCACGCACGUCGGGUACACUUAUCCGGAUCGGAAGCAGCCCGUGCAGCCAUACUUCGCCCCAGAUGCUCGCCCGCUCAUCCCUCCUCCAGCGAAUCGGCCACGUCGCCCGGUCGCAGCCGGCGAUCGCGUCAGCGCUGCGUAGCACUUCGGCGCUGCCCCACCGUUCGGGCACCUCGCAGUACAAUACCAGGAGCAAGUUGCCAUCUCCCCCGCCUUCCGCGCCGGCUGCGGCCAAGCUCUCCAGCUUAUCUCUUUCACCUGGGGAAGCCGAGAAACUUGCGUCGACCACGACUGCUGCGGACCUGCACACGCUGCCCGAGAGCGGCGCGACAGCUGCCGAAUCGAGCCCGACAGAUUACAACUGGUCCGCAGACGGCAAGCUCGCUCUCCCCAACUUCGCAGCAAAGAAUGCUUCUGUUAACGAGAGCAGACCUGCUGCACUUGGUUCUGAUGAUCCAGAUAUGAACCCGCGCGUCGCCACGCCGAGCAUGUUCGAAAGACACAAAGUGAAGGAGAAGAGCUCAAGCGGCCCGCGAGGGUAUCAUUCCAGCUCGGGUUUGAAUGCCGUGGCGGAUGCCAUCUCUUCUCAAGAGCGGCACCAUCUGCCUCGGUCCUAUUCAAAAGCGUCAACAGGUUCUUCAGCAGCACGGAGAACAACAACAUCAGCCAAGUCACCGGCAUCAUUGCGCGCAAGCGGCAGCGCCAACUCUGCGGCUGCCUCGGCUCACUUUACUCGCCCCCCUGCGCCAGGCGCCCACAAUCCAUCCAUUGGCUCAUCUGUUGCGGCACCAAGCCUCGAAAACGCAGGAUCAACACAGCAGGCCAUCAAAUCAUCUUUACCCUCACCUUUGGACACGGCUGACGCAUCAACUCCUCCUGAAUUGUCUGCCCCAUCACAACAGCAAACCUCAUUUGAUCAUCUAGCACAAAAUUACGCAGGCAUGGGCUCACAUCCCUUCGACUCUCGCAUCGCCAACAUCCUCAGUGCCCCAUUAAACGAUCUUGACAUAGAGAUCAAGCCUGACGGCAUCAUUUACCUACCCGAAAUCAAGUAUCGUCGCAUUCUCAACAAAGCCUUCGGACCAGGUGGCUGGGGUCUAGCCCCUCGUGGCGAGACGAACGUCGGCCCUCGGAUCGUCAGUCGGGAAUGGAUGCUCAUCUGUCUCGGGCGCUUCGUCUCGACUGCGCGAGGCGAGCAAGAGUACUUUGACCCUUCCGGGAUCGCCACCGCUUCCGAAGGAGCCAAGAGCAAUGCACUCAUGCGCUGCUGCAAGGACUUGGGGAUUGCCAGCGAGCUGUGGGAUCCCAGGUUCGUCAGGGAGUUCAAAUCCAAGCACACAGUGGAAGUCUGGGCCGAGGGAGUAGGUGGAAAGAAGAGGAGGCUGUGGAGGAGAAAGGAUCAGCCGCCAUUCGAGUAUCCUUGGAAGGAAAAGCAGGUGUAGGCGGCUUCAAACUGUAAUCCAUCGCAAGUCAACGGUCACUUCAUCUGUGUCUUGGUGGUGAUGGUUUGAAGCAGGUGUACGGGCUCUGUAACAAGGCUUAAUUCUUC